UAAUCUACUUUACUAAGAUCCUUCUUCUUUAACAGACCCAAGAUGGAGUCAUCUCCAGGGCAGGAUGUUCCAGAGCCUGGAAUGUCUGUGACGGAUCACCUCCAUCCUGUGGGAUUUAUUUUCUACAUUCUAGAACAAUCCUGGAGAUUUCAACACUAUGAAAUAACACACAUGGACUUCAGUAAUCCAUAUGUAAUGACAAGAAAAAACAGUCAGUUGUUGUUUUAAGACACGAAGGUCAGGUGUUCUGGAAUAGUUCUUGCAAGAACAGUAUUGUCAAGUGCAUUUGCAAAACCCAUCAAGCCCCAUGAUGAAACUGGCUCACAUGAAGACCAUCCCAGUAAAGCAAGACCAAAACUGACCUCUGCUGCAGAGGAGAAGUUCAUUUAGAGUUACCAGCCUCAGAAAUCACCAAUUAACAGCACCUCAGAUUAGAGGCGUUAUGAAGGCUUUACAGAGCAUCAGUAGCAGACAUAUCUCAAUAUCAACUGUUCAAAGGACAUUAUUGUGGAUUUCGUCCGCCUUCAGCAUUGUUUUACAAUGUAGAAAGAAAUAAACAUCAGGAAAGACAAUGGAAUUAGAAGGUGUGUCCAAACUUUUGACUGGUAGUAUGUGUAAAAUUAUUUUUUGAAGCAAUCGUGAAAUUCCUGGAUACCUGGAGUGUGAAAUAUUCCAUUUCUGUGUCGAUUUACUUCUUUCUAAAAACCAGUAGAAAGAGACCAGUUUACCUUCACAAAUGAAGGUAUAAGCUUCAGAUAUUAAAGUGUCAUGUUGUUUUACCCAACAGAGUCAAGUCACAAUACACAAACGGCUUCAAAUGCAGUUUAACUGCUCAGACUGUGGGAUGAGUUUUCAGUGUCUGAGUAUUCUCAAACAACACCGGCUCUUUCACACAGGAGAGAAGCCACAUCAGUGCUCACAGUGCGGGAUGAGUUUUAAGGUUCGGAGUGCUCUCGAACAACACCAGGAAAUUCACACAGGAGAGAAGCCACAUCAGUGCUCACAGUGCGGGAAGAGUUUUAAGUAUCAGAGUACUCUCAUACAACACAAGCGCAUUCACACAGGAGAGAAGCCGUAUCACUGCUCUCAGUGCGGGAAGAGUUUUAAUCAUGUCAGUACUCUCAAACGACACGAGCGCAUUCACACAGGAGAGAAGCCGCAUCACUGUUCAGACUGCGGGAUGAGUUUUAAUCGUCUGAAUUCUCUCAAUCAACACAAGCGCAUUCACACAGGAGAGAAGCCGCAUCACUGCUCUCAGUGCGGGAUGAGUUUUAAUCGUCUAGGUACUCUCGAAGAGCACCAGCGCACUCACACAGCAGAGAAGACAUAUCACUGCUCAGAGUGUGGGAAGAGUUUUAAGCACCAGAAUACUCUCAAACAGCACCAGCGCCUUCACACGGGAGAGAAGCCGUAUCACUGCUCUCGGUGCGGGAUGAGUUUUACCCAGCGGACUGCUUUACUAAGCCACCAGCUCACUCACACAGGAGAGAAGCCAUAUUACUGCUCUCAGUGUGGGAAGAAUUUUGCUCAGUGGAGUACUUUAAAAAGCCACCAGCGCAUUCACACAGGAGAGAAGCCAUAUCAUUGCUCAGAGUGUGGGAAGAGUUUUGCUCAGUGGAGUACUUUAAACAGCCACCAACGCAUUCACACCAAAGAGACGCCGUAUCACUGCACACAGUGUGGGAGUAGUUUUAAGUACCUGAGAAAUCUCAAAGAACAUGAACGCAUUCACACAGGAGAGAAGCCACAUCACUGCUCAUACUGCGGGAAGAGUUUUAAGAUUCUGAGUGCUCUCAAACGACACCAGCGCAUUCACACAGGAGAGAAGCCAUAUCACUGCUCAGAGUGUGGGAAGAGUUUUGCUCAGCUGGGUAAUUUACGAAGCCACCAGCGCAUUCACACCACAGAGAAGUCAUAAUCUCACCAAGUCAUCAGCUACUGUAGAAUAAAUGUAUAGAUAAAUUUGCAUUGUUUCCCGUUUUUUGAUGGGAACACUUUGUCGAGGAGGUGUGUCUGAAGCUCCAUGUGCACACACGGCAAUUCAUUGGCUCGGAUAGGACACGUGACAGAGGAAUACAUGCCAGCAUGUCCAUAUAAGGGCAUCUAUGUCACAUAAGAUGCUGCAUCACUGGCCACACCCCAAGCGCCCUUUCGCGUUUCUUUCAGACAAAGGCAAGUUGAAUGGAUGUGACGUAGAUGCCUUUAUAUGGACAUGCUGGCGUUCCUCCGUCACGUGUCCUAUCCGAGCCAAUGAAUGGCACAUGGAUCUUCAGACACACUUUCUCAACAAUGUGUUCCCAUAGCAUCAGCCAUGAUGCAGUCUCGUUCUACAUACGUAACCUGUUGUAGUUUUUGAAUAUGAUAAAAAGAAAUGUCAAAGCUUUUUUGUCAUUUUAAUUACUCUGAGUCAACAGCAAUUAUUUGACUCAAUUUUCAGUGUAUUUGUAUAUAUUUGUACUUUCAUGAUGAAACAGGGGAGUGUAAGUAACAGUAGCGGACUGUAAAGCCAAGGAGGACUGAAGGAAUUACUCCAUUACUCCACUUCCUUAUCUCCGAAGCACUCUUCCCUCAUUAAUUGCUUCAUAGUCUUUUUAAGCUACAACUGCUUUAAAUAAUUCAUAAUUGUUUUGAUAAUAAACAUCAAUUACAGUCAACUUGAAAAAUAUACGUGGAUAAAAUAAAAUUGUUUUGGGAAACCCCCUUCAAUAUUAAAAUGAAGUAAAUUUUCA